AGCAAGAUGGGUCCUUUAGAAGCCCUGUCACUCCUCUGUUUCCAGGUCAUGUUCCGAAAACAGUGGCCUUCAUUUGGCCCAGAGCUUUCCUGGGCUCUGUCUGUCAGGCUCCUUCCAGCGUCGCAACAAUGCAGCUGUCAAGCCCAGCUUGCUCUGUCCUCAGUCCCAGGAAACACCUCUGUGCGACCAUCUCUCCAAUUGGUGGUCGUGGCCUUCACGUUUCAGGUCAUGUUUGGAAAAAAAGGGUUUCCGUGGGCGCAGAGCUUCCUGUGUGUGUGUCAGGCUCCUUCCAGAGUGGGAAACAGAGUGCAGCUCUCCAGCCCACCUUGCUAUGUCCUUAGUUCCAGGAAACAUCUCUGUGCGACCAUCUCUCCACAUGGUGGUCGUGGCCUUCACGUCUCAGGUCAUGUUCCGAAAACAGUGGCCUUCAUUUGGCCCAGAGCUUUCCUGGGCUCUGUCUGUCAGGCUCCUUCCAGCGUCGCAACAAUGCAGCUGUCAAGCCCAGCUUGCUCUGUCCUCAGUCCCAGGAAACACCUCUGUGCGACCAUCUCUCCAAUUGGUGGUCGUGGCCUUCACGUUUCAGUUCCAGGAAACAUCUCUGUGCGACCAUCUCUCCACAUGGUGGUCGUGGCCUUCACGUCUCAGGUCAUGUUCCGAAAACAGUGUCCUUCAUUUGGCCCAGAGCUUUCCUGGGCUCUGUCUGUCAGGCUCCUUCCAGCGUCGCAACAAUGCAGCUGUCAAGCCCAGCUUGCUCUGUCCUCAGUCCCAGGAAACACCUCUGUGCGACCAUCUCUCCAAUUGGUGGUCGUGGCCUUCACGUUUCAGUUCCAGGAAACAUCUCUGUGCGACCAUCUCUCCACAUGGUGGUCGUGGCCUUCACGUCUCAGGUCAUGUUCCGAAAACAGUGUCCUUCAUUUGGCCCAGAGCUUUCCUGGGCUCUGUCUGUCAGGCUCCUUCCAGCGUCGCAACAAUGCAGCUGUCAAGCCCAGCUUGCUCUGUCCUCAGUCCCAGGAAACACCUCUGUGCGACCAUCUCUCCAAUUGGUGGUCGUGGCCUUCACGUUUCAGGUCAUGUUUGGAAAAAAAGGGUUUCCGUGGGCGCAGAGCUUCCUGUGUGUGUGUCAGGCUCCUUCCAGAGUGGGAAACAGAGUGCAGCUCUCCAGCCCACCUUGCUAUGUCCUUAGUUCCAGGAAACAUCUCUGUGCGACCAUCUCUCCACAUGGUGGUCGUGGCCUUCACGUCUCAGGUCAUGUUCCGAAAACAGUGGCCUUCAUUUGGCCCAGAGCUUUCCUGGGCUCUGUCUGUCAGGCUCCUUCCAGCGUCGCAACAAUGCAGCUGUCAAGCCCAGCUUGCUCUGUCCUCAGUCCCAGGAAACACCUCUGUGCGACCAUCUCUCCAAUUGGUGGUCGUGGCCUUCACGUUUCAGGUCAUGUUUGGAAAAAAAGGGUUUCCGUGGGCGCAGAGCUUCCUGUGUGUGUGUCAGGCUCCUUCCAGAGUGGGAAACAGAGUGCAGCUCUCCAGCCCACCUUGCUAUGUCCUUAGUUCCAGGAAACAUCUCUGUGCGACCAUCUCUCCACAUGGUGGUCGUGGCCUUCACGUCUCAGUGCGACCAUCUCUCCACAUGGUGGUCGUGGCCUUCACGUCUCAGGUCAUGUUCCGAAAACAGUGGCCUUCAUUUGGCCCAGAGCUUUCCUGGGCUCUGUCUGUCAGGCUCCUUCCAGCGUCGCAACAAUGCAGCUGUCAAGCCCAGCUUGCUCUGUCCUCAGUCCCAGGAAACACCUCUGUGCGACCAUCUCUCCAAUUGGUGGUCGUGGCCUUCACGUUUCAGGUCAUGUUUGGAAAAAAAGGGUUUCCGUGGGCGCAGAGCUUCCUGUGUGUGUGUCAGGCUCCUUCCAGAGUGGGAAACAGAGUGCAGCUCUCCAGCCCACCUUGCUAUGUCCUUAGUUCCAGGAAACAUCUCUGUGCGACCAUCUCUCCACAUGGUGGUCGUGGCCUUCACGUCUCAUGCGAGAGGACGAGAGACCCCGACGACCCGUGUUCUGAGUGGACAGCGACGGAGCGUCUCCGCACCGGUGGCCGCCGAGGAGCGCCGGGGGCCAGGCUGCUGUGCGAACAGGUGGACGACGCACGAGGGCACGAGAAGCGCGAGGCCAGCGCCCGGCUCACGGAGCAGGAGGCCUAUCAGCGCUGCCACGCGCAGCUGCAGCGGGUCGAGCUGGCCCACGCCUGGCUGCGGGGCGACCGGGACCUGGUCCAGCGGCUCCUUCUCCUCCAGCACCUCGGACGAGAGCGGGGCGGCCGUGAGGGCCAUCGUGCAGGGCCGGCUGGGAGCGAGGGCAGGGGGCUCUGCCUGUGCGGCCUGGAGGCCAUCCAACCCUCCCCGCCCAUUGGGGGCAGUCGGCCGGGGGACGGCGGGGCCCAGGCAGCUUCCAGGGUUGCCCUCAAGGCAGAGGAGCCAUGGUGGGUUCUCGCUGUCGACACCCAGGGUCGCCCGGAGCCCGCGGCCCAGCAGAACGAGCUCCCCAAGGGCCGAGGGCCCGCACCCGAGGGGGACGGUGCCAUGAGCUCCGGGCAGAAUGACCUCCAAGACCCAUAG